AUGUCUGCUGCGGCGGCGGUGCCCCCUAGGCGGCGGCAGCAGCCUGCGGCUGGCGAUGAUGCCGAUGACGUGGCGGUGGUGCUGGCAUUUGUGUGCCACCUCAGGGCUAGCGACCAGCUGCUGCUGCUGACCAACCUCCACAGCAAGGGUGCCGUGGCGCAGCUGCAACGGCACCCCGCACUGGCUCUGCUGCAGAGUCAGGGCAGCCGGCUGGCAGGCGUCCUGCACAUGGCCGCCCCCGGCGUGGCUGGCAGCAGUGCGCUGCGCCAGCUGUGCCAUCAGCUGCAGCCAGCGGUGGCAGCGGGGCCGGCUGCUGGGCAGCAGCUGCUGCUGGAGCAGGCCGGGGCUCACGCCGGCGCACAGGUCAUCGGCCACCUGGCAGCGGCUCGCACCAACGCCAAACUACACGUUCCCAGCAGUGCAGAGCACGACGGCCAGCAGGGGCAGGAGCAGGAGGAGAGUGUGGGGCUGGUAGCGGAGCAGCUCGCCGCGGACUGCCACCAGGCCAUGGCAGCAGGGGCAGUAGCUGUGAGCAGCAGCGCCAGCGGUGUUGUGAGCAUCAGGCACGUGUCGCUCGUCACCUGGAAGCAGCGCCCGCCAGAGGAGCAGCCACAGCCACGGCAGCUUGCCAGCAGCGGUGCUGCUGCCACUGGCGCAUGUCCCGGCGGCGGCGCUGUCAGUCAGCAGCAGCAGCCGCGGGCGGCCGCCGUGCUGGUGGUCGAGCCUGGGGAGGGCUUUGCCGACGACGCUUGGUGUGCGGCCAGCGCGGUGCAGCAGGGGCGGCCGCUGCUAGUGGCGGCUCUCGAGCGCCUGCAGGAGCAGCAGCAGCGCGGGCUGCUGCCGUCGCGGGAACUGUCGGCAGCGGGGGCGGCCACAUGGCAGUGCCGGCAGAACCUGCUGCCAGACGCUGGCGGUGGCUUAGCAGCCAACAAGAGGGCGGCUGACAGCAUCAGGGCGCGGUUGCAGGGCGGCAAGCGCCCACGGGCGCCAGAGGGCGGCGGCGACGGCGGCAGCUCAGCAGCAGGGCCCCAGCAGCCGCAGCAGUCACUGCCGCCGGAGGAGCCGCGGUGGCUGCGGGGCGCCCCCGCCAGCAUCUGCCAGCUGGCGUCAGGCGGUGCAGCGGGAUGCGCCCCAGAGGUGGUCUUCCUGGGCACAGGGUCGGCGGAACCCUCCAAGCUGCCGUGCGGGCAGAGCCUGCUGCUGGACUGUGGGGAGGGGGCGCUGGGGGCGCUGCGCCGCGCCCACGGCGCCGCCGCCGCGAUGCGCCAGGUGGCCAGCCUGGGCUGCCUGUGGGUGUCGCACAGGCAUGCAGACCACAUGUCGGGCGUGGCGUCGCUGCUGGCGGCCUACCCCGCCUCGCUGCCGCCGCUGCUGGUGGUGGGGCCGCGCUCGCUGCGCGACUGGCUGGCGGAGGCGGCGCCGGCGCUUCGGCUGGCGGGGCGGUACCGCUUUGUGCACUGCGCGGAGCUCAACCGGCCAGACCACUGGGCGCGCCAGGCGCUGCGCCGCCACCUGGGCAUCACCCACCUACAGUGCGUGCCCGUCCGCCACUGCUCCGAUGCAUACGGGCUGGUGCUGCAGCAUGAGCAGGGGUGGAGCCUGGUGUAUUCUGGAGACACCCAGCCCUGCCAGCAGCUGGUGCAGGCGGGGCGCGGCUGCACCCUGCUGAUCCACGAGGCCACCUUUGAGCCCUGCCUGGAGCAGCAGGCGCGCCAGAAGCGGCACAGCACCACCGCCGAGGCGCUGGAGGUGGCGCAGAGAAUGGGCGCGUACCGCUGCAUCCUCACCCACUUCAGCCAGCGCUACCCCAAGUGGCCCCAGGGCCUGGAUCAGCUUCAAGCAGACGAGGAAGCCAGAUCGCCAGAAGGCGCCGAGUUAGAUGGCGGCAAGGGAGGCACACCGGCAGCCCCCACCUCCAGUUUAGCUGCCGCAGCCACGGCUGCGGUGGCAUUUGACGGCAUGCGGGUGCCGCUGGCGCUGCUGCCGGUGCUGCCGGCGCUGAUGCCAGCGGUGCAGGCAGCGCUGGCAGAUCCUGAGGAUGGGGAGGCUGAGGGCGAUGGGGAUGGGGACACCGCAGGCGGCGCGUGA